ACUACCCAGUACGAAACCAGACUACCAUACAAACGAUCAAAACUCAAAAGUUCCCACAACCAGCGAACUAGCGAAAUUUUUCCUCCGAGGUCGGCGUUGUACGUAAUGGUUGCACCAUUGAUAGCAGCAGGGUUUGCAGUGGCUGGCGCUGCCUAUUUGGGCAAACAUAGCAUCCUUGCUUGGCAGGCAUUUAAGGCUGGACCACCAAAAGUUUUAACGCGCAAAUUUUAUGAAGGGGGUUUUCAGCCUGUCAUGAACAAGAGGGAAGCAGCUCUUAUAUUGGGAGUUAGGGAAAGAGAUGCUGCUGAGAAGAUCAAGGAAGCACAUAGAAGAGUGAUGAUUGCAAACCAUCCAGAUGCAGGUGGUAGCCAUUACCUUGCAUCUAAAAUAAAUGAGGCAAAAGAUUUAAUUCUCGGUAAGAAGUCAGGUGGUGGUUCUGCAUUCUGACAUCAUUUGCUCCAUUACAACUGGCCAUUCUGCGAAAACUUAGGAUUAGAACUUCUACUGCUUAUUCAGAACUAUUGAUGCCUUUUGAUGUAUACCUCUUCCCACGAUAAAAGGACCAUGCCAGAUUCUUGAAGGGCUAGACAACUUGGACUAGAAAUUGUACGCUAGUUGUGCUCUAUUUACUAAUUCUAUUCUUUCUGUCAUAAAUAUUGUGAAACGUGAGGUGAAAAUUUUCAACUAAAUAUUAGCAGUUCCUGAUUGAA